CUACUCCUACACCCACAGAGACAGUUCUACCCUGUCCUAUGGAGUCUCGUCUCGGUGCAUUGGGGUCAACGCAAUGGCCGUGAGUUGGAGGAGGGAGUCUAAAGCCAGAUUUGUCAGGGGGCUGGGGAGGAGGGGAGCUUUUUUCUAAGGUUCCCUCCACCCAAUACCUUGCUGCUUCCUCUGUAACCCAGGUGAGAGACCCUUGUAUGUCUGGCUGCCCCCUCAUGUCUCUCUCUCCCCUGUUCACCUCCUACAAGAUGCCCUCCUUCUCCUGGCCGAGAGACUCCAGGGGCCCUUUUCCUUUGAGUUGGCAGCCGAGUCCAUUGGUGUGAAGAUCUCUGAGGCUCUGAUGUUUCUGCAGGAAAACAGUGUGGGGGUGUCAGCCCAGGUGUUCCAGGGGUGUGGGGGGCCCCACCCUGCACCAGCCCGCACCCGCAGAGCCCCAGCUCCCCGGGAGGAAGCAGGCCGGCUCUGGACAUCGGCAGGAGUGGAGGAGGAGCGACCUACCACAGCAGCGGGCACCAACCUACCACGGCUGGUGUGGGAACUCCGUGAGCGCCUUGGCCGGGUGAGGGGUUUCUGGGCUGGGCUGCCCCUGACAGUGUGCGGGGACCCACGCAUGGCAGCGGACAUCUCUCAGGACGCGACACCCUGCUGGACUGGAGCAGGGCGGGGCCGGUACCUGCCUCCCGUGGUCGGGAGCUCCCUAGCAGAGCAGGUCAACAAUCCAGAGCUGGAGGUGGACGUCUCUGGGCCCGACCUCCCGACCCGCAGGAGGCGGCUGCAGCUCCGAGCAGCUACGGCCAGGAUGAGGGCAGCCGCUCUAGGACAUGACCUGGACCUGCAGGACAUGGAUGAGGACGGCAGUGGCUCCGGCGGAGGGCAGCACUACGCCGAUGACUGGAUGGCUGGGACAGCGGCUGUGGCCCCUCCAGCCAGGCCCCCUCGCCCUCCCCGAAGAGACAGCCCUGGGGGCAAAGGAGGUGGUGGUUCCCGCUACAACCAGGGCAGGAGCAGGGGUGGGGGGCCACCUGCUGGUUUUCACAGCCACCCCAUCCUCAUCCUUUUCCUCCCAGUCCUGGCCCUGCUUGGACCUCGGUAA